AUGACCAACGCCGAAAGGUUAAAGAGGGGUUUACCAUUAAACCAACCUCGAUUCAGAAAACCUGGCUUCUUACCUAAUUCUAGACAAGAACCAAGUUGUAUCACUACAGUAUACGUUACUACACCUACUACCACGCAGACUACUACUACUACAACCACGACUUUUACAGAGAAAACUGUUACUUGUUUGUUAACUAUAGAAGAAACAGUUUAUGUGACACUUGAAGAUGCAAGAGCCGGAGCUGCUGCCACUCGAGUAGAUGCAAAUGAUAGGGAAAUAUCUCCUGCCAAGAUUACACCUGGUGUUUCUCCUCCUGACGUGCAGCAUCCACCCUUGAUGGUCUCGCCAAGUCCAUUGAGACCCUUGACCGAGCAUGUCAAGGUAGAUUGGAAUGAACCUUUGGGUAUUGAACCAACAGCUUCGGGAGAAUGUACUUCUUUGGCGUACUAUAAGCCUCUCUCAUCCCUCAAUCGAAGUUCUUAUCCAGACUCCAAGCCUAAUUCCCAAGAUCUCAGCGCUGAGUCAACUUGCACGGCGAUCAUCGGACGAGUCCUCAUCCAUCCUAUUCCAAACCAAAAUGUUGACCAAGCUAGAUUAAUCGAUUUGAAGAGGAUCGGGGCUCAAACUGACUGUCUUUCUCCCAUUGAUACUGCUCAAGUUUUACCAACGCCUGAUGAGAUAGAAGAGCUAUUACCUUUCACACCCGGUCUCCCAGAGAAGAUGAAAGGAUGGUCCAAUCAUCUUGACGAAACCCCCAGCCGGAUCGAUUUCAGUCAAGCUCAAGAUUUGAUUGAUGAGCUUCAAGUCAAAGAAGACGAUGAAGAUACUGUACAGUUUGAUCUUGAAACAUCCGGCGGGCAAGACAGCUUACAACAAUUGGUUGAAAAGACAGGAAGAGCUGCUUUGAAAAAACGAAAUAUCUCUUAA